AAAAAUUCUGCUUUUUUUCAGGCUCACAUUAAAUUUCCUAUUGACUAUCCAUAUUCACCACCUACCUUCAGAUUCCUGACCAAAAUGUGGCACCCCAACAUUUAUGAGAAUGGAGAUGUAUGUAUUUCAAUUCUUCACCCACCUGUAGAUGACCCACAAAGUGGAGAGCUACCAUCAGAGAGGUGGAACCCUACCCAAAAUGUCAGGACUAUCUUACUGAGUGUAAUCUCUUUGCUUAAUGAGCCCAACACAUUCUCCCCAGCCAAUGUGGAUGCAUCAGUCAUGUUCAGGAAAUGGAGGGACAGUAAAGGAAAAGACAAGGAGUACGCUGAAAUCAUAAGGAAACAGGUUUUGGCUACCAAAGCUGAGGCAGAGAAGGAUGGUGUGAAGGUCCCCACUACACUGGCAGAGUACUGCAUCAAAACUAAAGUGCCUUCCAAUGACAACAGUUCAGAUUUGCUUUACGACGACUUGUACGACGACGACAUUGACGAUGAAGACGAGGAGGAGGAGGAUGCCGACUGUUACGAUGAUGAUGAUUCUGGCAACGAGGAGUCGUGACCUGCUCCCUCUAUGCCCCUGUACUGCCCUGCCGACUCAGGCCAGAAGGGAGCAGCGGUAACCUAGCAGCAGUCCAGCAAAAAAGUGGGGGGGAGGGGUGUCAAAAAAAAAAAAAAAAAAAAAAAAAAAAAAAAACCCAACACAAAACUUUGUCUCCUGCUGUCUCCUGUUGUAUGGAUCUGUUCGCUCCUUUUUUAUGGACCUCUUAGAGACCCUCCACAGAAUGUCUGAAUUCUUGCAUUCUUAACCCUUUCAUCACUGUAUUACAAUUUCUUUUUAAAAAAGAAACUCCCCUUUUCACUUCUCCACGAAAUGCUCACAGCAAAACAGGUUUGCUCGUGUUUAGAUUCUUGAAUUAAAUACAGUCUUGCAUUGAGAUGUUUAAUGUAUUUAAAGCUGGAACAAACCCAUUGGAAGCUGGGAUUUUGGGAGCUCAAAGUGCUGCAUUUACUGGGAAGAAAAAAAAAUCCCCACUAAGCAAAUUGCCAAGGUUUAGCUGCUCCAUUUACAAUAAUAGCGUGUGUACAUUCGUUUAGCCUUGUGGUGGUGGCUUUUCCUUUAUAAGGUGUGGGGCGGAGAGUGUUAAAGCUACUGUGUGUUGAGCUUGAUGGGAUGUCACUGAAAGGUACAGUAUUCCUUUUCAGCCUGCUAGGUUAGGAAAUAGCUGGCCCCUGGAGCCCCAGAGGGCACAAUCAGCUUUGUCUCUGGAAAAGGCUUGUGAAAUGAACCUAAAAUAAACACUUAACACUUCACAUCUGUACAACUGAGCCCUGGGUUGCUAUUUUUUUUUUUUUUUUCCUUUUUUUUUCCCCAGGCUCGGAUAGGGUUGAAAAAGUUCAGUUUAGCCAUUCUGCUGAGAUCUGCUGCCAGCUGCCCCUCUCUGGAGGGAGGAGAGCAGAUGUGCAUCCUGCUGCCCAGAGGGCUACCAUUCUUGCUGGAUUUACUUUUGGCAGUGGGACAGAGCAGCAGCUCCUGCCCGUGCUGGCUGCAGCCCCUGCUCCCUGCAGCCCCAGCCCUGGGCAUCUGCAGCUGCCUCCCAUCACCUGUGUGGGUCACCUGCGGGCAGGGCUGCUCCCUGCAGCCCAGUAAAAACACCUGACAUGCACUUGCUUAGACGUAGGUUUGUCUGCACUGAAAAGGUAAUCAACUGUAGGGGAGAUAAAAAGGUUUAUGAUUUCAAAAAAGACAAUCCAGGUGAUACAGUGUGAGAUAGAUCCUAGCUCUCUGAUGAUGUCUGGAAUUCUGCCCACUUUUCAUAGGCAUUGACUUCCAUUCUAAUUCUCUGCCUAAACAUGGAAGCUGAAGUUAUUGGGAUUUCGACUACACACAGAAGAGCUCCUAAAAGAGGGGAAUUCUGUUUGUCCUCCACCAGCACUUGCAUUUUUAUGGAGGCAAAUCCUUUACUGUGGUUUUUCAGCAGAAUGGUAAGAGGUAGCAUUGACUAGAUUUUUUUUCUUUUUUUCUUUAAGAGAAGUACUUAGCAUGCAUUUCCCAGAGGAAUUCAGAGGAGAGCCCGCGGGGCCGGCGGAGUUCGGAGCUGGCCGGGUGUCCGGUCUGUCCGUGUGUCCGUGUGUCGGUGCCGCGGGGCAGCGCUGGGCUCUCCCGCCCGGCUCCCCGGGGCGCAGCCAGCCCCAGGGCAGAGCGGGCCAGCCGCGGGUUCUGACGGGCUCUCCGCAGCUGAUGCUCCGUGCUCAGCCUCCCGCAUGUUUUUGGGAGCCCUCGGCAGAGCUUAGGGCGCUCCAUCGUGGGCAGGGGGAUCCUGCAUGUUCCUGCCCCAGACCCCUCUUCCUCCGGCGCUCGGCUCCCCCGUGCAGGUGCUCGAGUUGGGCUGCGGUGCCCGAGUUCCGUCCCGCAGGAUCCCCGCAUCGGCAGCCGGGCCUGGCGGCCCCGGGAGCAGCUCGGAGGUGCUGGCCCUGCUUGGGCGGGACCCUGGGUCCCCGCAGGUACAGAGGCAUCACCCUGACCAUAGCCCGCGCCUCCCCGCCGUGUCUCAGGGUUUUCCAUGGUACGUCCCCAGCUGCGGUCCCUCGGGGGUGCCUCGGUGGGAGCAGCCUUGUUCGGGAUCCGCGCCCGGGGCAAGGCUGAGCAAAAGCUCCGGGGGCGCUGCUCGGACGGGGAGGAGAGGAAGGCCCUGGGGGCUCCGCAUGAAGCGAGCGAGGCAGAUCUGUUCCCAAAGGGUUGCGGGGCUGGGGUUUGCAGGGACUGUCCCUUCCCGGCGGUGCAUCCCUCUGCCCGACCGCCAUUGAUUCCUUGUGCCCGGCGCUGCCUCGGCCGCCCGCCCUCCUGCUUGCACGUUACCUGGGAAGGCAGCUGCGCCCUCCUGAGCUGCCAGCCUUCCUCCAGCAAGGACAUACCCAGCCCCAGCUGCUUUUUGGAGCCUGCAGCGGGGCUCCCCUGCGUUUAGUGACAGUGUGGGGCACCCCCAGCUUCAGAGCAGCCCUGCGAGGGCAGCGCCAGGGCUGGCAAAUGGGCCCCGAUGCUCCCGGGUGCGGGGUUGGACUCGGGGCCUGCCAGGGCAGGGACACCAAGCUCCAACUUGCAGGCGGCUGUGGGGGCUGAGGGAGCAGAGUGCGGCAACACUGUCUUUGCUGAUGACUUGGUUGGAAAUGAGGAUACUGCAUCUUUCAGGAUUUCCCUUGUACUUUUGACCGUCUUCACUGUAUACUCUCCAGUGACUUGUAUUUCCAAGCUUGGUGUUGUAAGAUGCAUUAUUAUGACUCUUCUGUUACCCUUUUUUAAUGACAAAAAAAGCAACCUCUUUUGAGAGCUCCGACAUUAACCAGACUAAUUUCUCUUCCCCACUGUCCUGUGCAGUGUCAUUGCUUGUUGACUUGCUGGUUUCCUUUUUUUUGAAAUACAACUGAAGUAUGAGGGGAUUUUUUUGAAACUAUUUAAGAGAUUGCAGAAAAAUGUUUACCUGCUCUGUGUAUUCUGGGUUUUUCUUAACCCCUUUUCUCCUGUUUCAGUCAAUAUUAGCGUUUACAUUUGCAGCUACAUGUCCCUUCAAAUGCAGUUUUCAACCAUUCUGAAACCAGCAGGGUACACUAGGUUUCUUGUAGUUUUCUUAGCUGAACUCCCAGAUCUUUUCCUUUUUUUCUUCAGUAUAAUUUACCAGAAAGAAUUAACUGAUGCAUUUUUGUGUUGUCUUCUCCUUCAGUAGUUAUAUUUUGUCUUUUCUGCACAUCUGUCUACUAAUAAAAAUGUGAAAUGAAAAUA